UCAUCUCCUAGCUGUUUUAGAAGAAUAUCACAGUAAGGUUAUCAUGGCUGGUCCUCAGAGCGGCUCAAACGUAACGCGUAAUUUCACAAAUCAGUUCGUGCAGCCGCCGUGGCGCGUCGCGAUUUGGUCGGUCGCGUACAGCUCAGUGCUGGCGGUCGCCGUGUUCGGAAACCUCAUCGUUAUUUGGAUCAUUUUGGCCCAUAAACGGAUGCGCACCGUGACCAACUAUUUCUUGCUCAACCUGGCGUUCUCCGACGCCUCGAUGGCCGCCUUCAACACGCUCAUCAACUUCAUUUACGCCACGCACGGAGAGUGGUACUUUGGAGAGGUUUACUGCAAGUUCCACAACUUCUUUCCCGUGACCGCCGUGUUUGCCAGCAUUUACUCCAUGACUGCGAUUGCAGUCGACAGGUACAUGGCCAUAAUUCACCCUCUGAAGCCCCGUCUGUCAGCUACCGCUACUAAAGUGGUGAUUGUCUGUAUUUGGGCCCUGGCGGUGAUUUUGGCCUUCCCGCUGUGUUUCUACUCGACCACGAGAACUAUGCCUCGCAGAACUGUCUGCUACGUCGCCUGGCCGAGACCUUCUGAGGAUUCGUUCAUGUAUCAUAUCAUAGUAACGGUGCUGGUGUACAUGCUGCCCCUAGUGGUCAUGGGUAUCACCUACACCAUAGUCGGGGUGACACUUUGGGGAGGAGAGAUUCCUGGAGAUUCAUCGGACAAUUAUGUUGGACAACUGCGAGCCAAAAGGAAGGUGGUGAAGAUGAUGAUCGUGGUGGUGGUGACCUUUGCCCUCUGCUGGUUGCCCUAUCACAUCUAUUUCAUUGUGACGGGCGUAAACAAGCGUCUGAACAAGUGGAAGUCCAUCCAGCAAGUCUAUCUGUCCGUGUUGUGGUUGGCCAUGAGCUCCACCAUGUACAACCCCAUCAUUUACUGCUGUCUGAAUGGCAGAUUUAGGGCCGGUUUCAAACGGGCCUUCAGGUGGUGUCCCUUCAUCCAGGUAUCCAGCUACGAUGAACUCGAGCUCCGUCCCACCCGUCUCCACCCACGCAACCAGAGCAGCAUGUGCACCCUGUCCCGCAUCGACACCAGCGUCCACGGUGACGACCCACGCCACAGCAACCGCAAGAGCACCAAGUCCCUGCAGUGUCAGGUGGAGGUCAAAGACGAAAGCACAGCAGCGACUAAACUCUGUCUUCACAGAGAGCCCACAUUCGCAACCGAGCAGCUCAGCUGAAGGGCCAGACCAGACGUGCAUCCGAUCGUGGUUCUGUUAGAGGUGCUCCAUUACAGACAUAAAACAAUGUGAAUACAUCCACAGGUGUUGUAUAAAUGCAUACUGUGUAUUUCAGAGUGUACAUUGAAACUAAAUGCACUCAAACCUGCAGCAUGAUGAAGUAAUACUGCCUCCAAGUGGAGAACUGUGAAUGUUUUCAGUGUAGUCUAGCAUACUACUCAAUGCAUGCUGCCUAGAAUAUACUGCAUGCUGCCUUCUUUUUUCUUGAAAUACAAAACAACAUAGUACAUAUGCAAUGAUAAACAUUUAAAACAUGAAAACAUAGUAUGCUGCACUACAGAUUCAUCACCUCAUCAUGUUGCAUGAUUAUCUAAAUACAAAUUUGGCACAUUUGAUUCAGUUUUGUUUUUAAAAAUUGCUUAAGUCUUUCAGAUAAUGCUGAAAUUAUGCUAAAAUUUAUACUUGUGAUUCAUUUAUUUCAGUAGAAUUGGACUGUCGAGUGUGUCCUGCACAUUUUGACAGCCGUUUAUCUUUGUAUCACAUGCACAUUGUGAUAUGGCUUGUUGCCACAGCCAUAUCACCCUGCAUCCCAAGACCGGUUGCUCAUGGAAGCUAAGCAGGGCUGAGCCUGGUCAGUACCUGGAUGGGAGACCUCCUGGGAAAAACUAGGUUGCUGUUGGAAGAGGUGUUAGUGAGGCCAGCAGGAGGUGCUCACCCUGCAGUCUGUGUGGGUCCUAAUGCCCCAGUAUAGUGACGGGGACACUAUACUGUAAAAAAGCACCGUCUUUCGGAUGAGAUGUUAAACCGAGGUCCUGACUCUCUGUGGUCAUUAAAAAUCCCAUGACACUCAUCAUAAAGAGUAGGGGUGUAACCCCGGUGUCCUGGCCAAAUUCCCUCCACUGGCCCUUGUCUAUCAUGGCCUCCUAAUAAUCCCCAUCCACUUGAUUGGCUCUAUCACUCUCUCCUCUCCACCUGUAGCUGGUGUGCGGUGAGCGCACUGGCGCCGUUGUCCUGUGGCUGCCGUCGCAUCAUCCAAGUGGAUGCUGCACACCGGUGGUGGUUGAGAAGAGACCCCCCACAUGAUUGUAAAGCGCUUUGGGUGUAUUGCAAUACACAUUAAAAGCGCUAUAUAAAUGCCUCAUUCAUUCAUUCAUUCAUUCAUUCAC